AGCAAUCACAUUACAUGUGGAUUACAGUAACAAAUGGAAAAAAGAUUGAAGACAUAGAUAUCCACAAGGCAUAAGAAAGAGAAUGUCAUACGAUACUGGCUUUAUUGGUUAAGAGAACCUAUCAAUCAUUUGUCUCAAUCACUUGAAAGCAACCACAUAAUUCAAGUAAUUCUAAAUCAUGAGCCAAGUAUAUAUCUCCUGCCACCCUUCUUUGCUAUAUUUCUAAUCCCAAACACAUUAAUUUACCAUUAAAUUAGAAAAAAAAAAAAAACAAAGGGUUGUUGUUAUUCACACUCCCUCUGUAAUAAUUAAAACCUAAAACAAAAAUCCAAUAAUGGAGAGAGAGUAUCAUCCAGCAGCAGAUGAAGCAAUAGCGGAACAGGCACCUCAAACUCCAAGGAAUAAGAAGAAGAAUAAGAUGAAGAAGAAGAGGAGGUUUAGUGAUGAGCAAAUCAGGUUACUCGAGUCGAUAUUCGAAUCAGAGACGAAGCUGGAACCGAGAAAGAAGAUGCAACUGGCGAGAGAGCUGGAGCUUCAGCCCCGCCAAGUAGCUAUAUGGUUCCAAAACAGAAGAGCCAGAUGGAAGUCCAAACAAAUAGAGCAAGAUUACAACACACUCAAAGCUAAUUACGAAAACUUGGAGUCAAGAUUCGAGUCCUUGAAGAAAGAGAAACACUCCUUGAUUUUACAGAUUCAGAAGUUUAGUGAACUGCUGGAGGAACCUCAUAAGGGUGGGAAGGGUCUUGAUGGAAGCAGCACGGGUGGUGGUGGAGGUUCAGAAUAUGGACAGACCAAGUGCGAGACUGAAGCUGAAGUGCAGCCAAGUUUCCAGCACAAGGAAUGCCUGGGCUUGCAAACUGAAAACGAAAGAGGUGAUAUAAAGCAAACAGGGCAAGGCGGAGAAGAAUUCCUAAUAAUGGACGAGUAUAGGAACGACUCCCCAGCUUCACCUGACAAAUUUUACGGGCUUCAUUCGGUUGACAUGUUCGAUCAUUCGUAUAUCAAUUGUCAGUGGUUAAACUUUUGGACUUGACACUCCCUUCCCUUCAACAAUAUUUUCAAUGUCUACCGGGGAACUCUCAACUUGGGGCUCCCUGAAACAUCAAUAGAGGCCUGGAAACAUGGAAAGUAACCACUGACAAUUUGUUGAGAAGAGGUAUAAGUGUGGGUCAUGGACUAAUCUCUCUAUGAAUUUGCUAGAACACGACCAGGUAAAAGAGUUCAAGGGGAUAGCAACUGGUUGUCACAGAGAUGGAUUUCUGAAUUUCAUUUUUAGAUUUCUUUUUUUGUUGUGGUUAUUUAUCGAUGUAUGAUAUUGUAAAUGAGGUUGUUCUUAAUUUACACUUCAAUGUUAGUCGGUCAUUACCAACCUAUUUGUUAGUAUAAAGAGCAGGAGAGAUAAAAGGAAUUAUUCUCAACAAA